AUGUCGACCACCGAAGUAGAGACGCUCGUCAUUGGUGCUGGCCCUACCGGUCUCGGUGCUGCCAAGCGCCUUAACCAGCUCAACCACGGUCCAUGGCUCCUCAUCGAUGCCAACAAGGAGGCCGGUGGUCUCGCUUCCACCGACACCACCGACGAGGGCUUCCUCUUUGACGUCGGCGGACACGUCAUCUUCUCCCACUACCAGUACUUUGACGACAUGAUCAACGAGGCUCUUCCCCACAAGGACGACUGGUACGAGCACCAGCGCGUCUCGUACGUCCGCUCCAAGAAUGUCUGGGUUCCUUACCCUUACCAGAACAACAUCUCAGUCCUGCCCGUCCCCGAGCAGGUCAAGUGCAUCGAGGGCAUGAUCGAUGCUGCCGAAGAGCGUGUGCGCGCCAAGUCGCCUCCCACCAACUUUGACGAGUGGAUCAUGCGCAUGAUGGGUGAGGGUCUCGCAGACCUCUUCAUGCGCCCUUACAACUUCAAGGUCUGGGCUGUUCCUACCACCAUGAUGCAGUGCAAGUGGCUCGGCGAGCGUGUCGCCGCCCCCUCGCUCAAGCUCGUCGUCUCCAACACGCUCAACAAGAAGGUCGCCGGCAACUGGGGUCCCAACGCCACCUUCAAGUUCCCCGCCCGUGACGGAACCGGCGGUAUCUGGAAGGCCGUGGCACGCACGUUGCCCCAGGACAAGCUGCUCUUCAACAAGCGCGUCAAGACGGUGGAUGCCGUCGCUCACAAGGUCGAGCUCGAAGACGGCUCGAGCAUCAAGUACAAGCACCUCAUCAGCACCAUGCAGCUCGACUUUAUGAUUGACAAUGUCAAGCUCCCCGCCGAGGACAACCAUGCCCAGCUCAAGGCCGCCGUCAAGGAGGGCCUCGUCUCGUCGUCGACCCACGUCAUUGGUAUCGGUAUUCGAGGCUCGCUGCCACCACGCAUCGGCGACAAGUGCUGGCUCUACUUCCCCGAGGACGACUGCCCCUUCUACCGCGCCACCAUCUUCUCCAACUACUCGCCCUACAACUGUCCUCAGGCCGACGUCAAGCUGCCAACGCUCCAGUACGCCGACCCGUCCAAGGGUACUCCAUCCAAGGACGCCAAGGAGGGUCCUUACUGGUCGCUCAUGAUGGAGGUGUCCGAAUCGCACCUCAAGCCCGUCGAUGCGCAGACGAUCCUGGCCGAGACGAUCCAGGGAUGCAUCAACACCAACCUGAUCAAUGCCGACGACGAGAUUGUGUCGACGUACCACCGCAAGUUCACACCCGGCUACCCGACACCUUCGCUGGGACGCGAUGCUGCGCUCGCCACGUUGCUGCCCGCGUUGGAGAAGCACGACAUUUACAGCCGUGGCCGAUUCGGAUCGUGGAAGUACGAGGUGGGCAACCAGGACCACUCGUCGGCGCUCGGAUGGGAGGCUGUCAACCGUGCGCUGCUGGGCACUCCGGAGCUGACGCUGCUCAACCCGGACUGGGUCAACGGCCGACGCAACCACGAGCUGCGUCUGACCAACUAG